UAUGAUUCUACCAAUGUAUUAUGUUCUAUUAUUUUUAGGACAGCGAUGCAUGCUGGUGCCUACAGUGAUCAAGUAGAAUGUAUGGAAUUGUUAGAGCAACAUGAAGGAAACGUCAAUGCAGUUGAUGUUGAUGGAUUUACUCCAUUAAUGAUAGCUGCAGAACGAGGCCAUGAUGGAGCAAUUGGUAUGUCAUUAACUUGUAUUAACCUGCUAUGACGUCAUACUGUAACUUGCAAUAAAUGCAAUCCACGACAUCUAUCCUUCCCUUUAUAAACUGCAAAAGUUUUUUUAUGAAAUAUUCUAGUGUACGAAACCGCUAACUAUUCAUGAUUUAGGGGUAGACGAUGGACAGCUGAGGUGUUCAAAGAACGAGACAACACAAUACGCAGGGUGUAUCAAAAAAGUACGCAAUUUUGAUAUGGCCACUAAACAUAAUAUUCCGCAACUUUUAUGAAAGUUUGUGUGAAUAUGGGUAGUUAAGAGUUACCGAUUUCUUCAGCACUAAAAUCUUUCUAAAAACUUGAAAUUGCGAGUGCAUAAAAAGGGCUGUUUUUGCCAACCACAUUAAAAUGGCUUGUACACAAAAUUGAAAGUGUAAAACGUGAUUUAUUGCUGCAUAAACAUUUCAUUCAUGAUUGACUUUAUACAUUUCACGUAUUAGGAUUUCAUUCAAUUCAUGUCCAUACUCCCAAAACUCCACGUUUUAAUGGACGAAGUGUACUGUACCUCAAAUUGUUUCGUUCUUUGGUAGUUGAUCAAUCAUAUUCUAAAUUUCCUUUUGCAAAGCAAAAACAGCCCUUUUUAAAUUAAAAAGUAGUGUUGAAGAAAUUAAAAUAUCCUUAUAACGACCUAUAUAUUCACAUAAAUUUUCUCAAAAGUUGCGUAAAUCUCAAUUUAGUGGGCAUUUUAAAAUUGUUGAAUUUUUUAUACACUACUUUUUAUACAGUUACUAUUUAUGCAAAUGGUAACUGCUCCAAAAUCGUGACUCGUGUGCAAACUUCAUGUACAAAGGCGUGCAAAAUCGUUACUCAUUUAACUCUGGACCUAAUCUUUUGCGCGUGCAACAUGGUUGUAGAUAUACGUUCAAUUUGGUGUCUUGUUUUAGAAUUCUUGCUGGAAAACAGUGCCGAUGUAUCUCUGGUUAACAAUGAUAAUAAUUCAGCUUUACAUCUUGCUUGCAUUGAGGUAAGAUUGGCCAUUGUGAAAAGUAAACUAUCGUGUUUAGGGUAUAAUAAUAGAGAGUUUUAGUUUAGUGGAGUAAUAGCAUAGAUAUCUUAUAUACACUAGAUAGUGCAUCUAAUUAUUCUACAAUUCAAAAAUUGAAGCCGUGAUUGCAAACUCAGGAUUUUCCCAUGAAAUGAGAAGAUUCGCAUGUUUUCUGUUUCUUAAACACGAAACUUAAAUAUUAAGAUAAACCUAUUCCAAAUACAUUUUCAAACUAUUCAAAUGAUGAAAGUUAUUGUUGUUUUUAAGCGUUUAUUAGCGAGUGGGAAACUCCAACAUGGCCGCCAUCUAUUCAAAUAGGGGUAACCGCUGGAAUAUUCUUGGCUUCAAUUUUACUAAAAGAGAUGCGCUAUCUAGUGUAUAUAAGAUAUCUUUGAGUAAUAGGGAGAUUUUACUACUACCCAAAUACGAGAUUCGUUGUUUGCACAUGCUUGCCAUCUUCUUACUCCAUUACAACAUGCAUACGCACGCCAUAAUCUCGUAGUAGAUGCAGGGUCUUAGCUAGAGGGCCGUGUUGGCCGUGUUAUCGCGGCCGAAAGCGGAAAAACACGGCUAGAUAAAAUGAACGCGGCUUCAUUAUUUAUAUAUAAGGCCGUGUAGGUUUAUAAAAUAAGGUGGUGCCACUUACAACAGACAGAAUUUCAGACUCAAUUUCUUCCUAUUUACGUCGUAAGAAAGUUUGUAUAAUCUACUGUUGUUGUUGAAUUGGCAAAAGUGAUUCGUAGUGUUUUAAUAUUUUGAUGGAUAAUGGGAACUGUAUGGUGUUAAAAUGGUUUUAAAUACCCCCAAGAGUUGCUGAAAUAACUUAAUAUUUUAAUGUCAGUGCGAAGUAUGAGUGUAUGCUCGCCUUGUAUUUGGUUGCAAAUUAGCAAAGAACAACCACAAGCAUUAUUGUUGGCGAGCAUAACUAGAACCGUGAUUUUGCUAUUCAAGGUAAUUGACAUGUGCACGCCCUGGUCAUUAGAAACACGCCCAAGAUCUAAAAUCCUAGCUAAGACGCUGAGUAGAUGCUUGCAUUACUGUGAGACUUUUCAAGACCUUUUUCUCCUGUCCUGUGAGUAAGAGACUGCUAUUGAUAAAGUAAGCAAGACACCAUCUUGUUGACCGCAGGUGCGCCUAAAUUAGAGAAAUUGUGAUGAAAUGCUCCGCACCAGUAUUUUGUAGCAAAGAUUUGCCUUCCUAGCUAACGACGAAUUUUACCAGUAUUUUAUGGUUUCUGUUUAGUGGUUGUGUUACUCUCUUCCAUCGUUUAAUAGCUGUCUGGUUUUAACCACGGUAUUAUACAAUUACUUUAUGGUUUCCGUGUUUGGAUGGCCUGAUCCAAACACGCGGGAAUGUUGCGGGGGUUAAGAAAAGCGAGCGAAAUCACGAGCCGAAGGCGAGUGAUUUUGCCCGCUUUUCUUAACUCGAGCAACAUUCCCAAGUGUUUGGAUCAUUCCAUCCAAACACGGAAACCAUAAAGUAAUUGUUUUAUAAAAUAACAACAACACGAUAGUCUUCCGUGGUUGGAUGGCCUGAUCCAAACACGGGUUUCGACCAAUCAGAAUACGCGUUAUGUACAUGUUAUUUUAUAAAACUAUAUCAUGCUAUUUUGUUACAGGGUCAUUCCUCAUGUGCAUUAUUGCUUCUGAAGGAUGGCGAUGAUAGUGUUAUUAAUCGUGCCAAUUCACAAGGACAAACGUAAGUUGUAUUUUCUCAUCAAUUUACUGUAGAAUUCCAAAAGUAACGAUCCCGGAAUGCACGCAGAUUACAAGUUACCUUAGCAGUGAUUGCUACUUUCGGAUAGCCGUUAUUUUCGGGCAGGCUCUACUAUCAGUGUAAUUACAGCACAGUAAAAAACUAGAGGACGCGGAAAGACUGCAGCUCCGUCAGCGAAUUAAGUCAAGUUUCUUGCAUAAAUCAUACAAAGGCAUAAUUACGCAUUCAGUUUUCUCUCCCCAGCAAAGCAAGACAAAUUUUUGACAAUUUCUCCAUUCAGUUUUCGUCCAGAUUGAACCAAAAUUUAUUCGAUUUGUCCUUGGCCUAUUUAUUACAACACCGCGGAAAAACGUCUGCGCAUGCGUGGGAACAGAAAAGAUGGCGAGGAAUUUAAAUGCAAAAUUAUAAACAAAAACAUGGCUAUUUAAUUACUUAAGGUAAUUGAAACGAACAAAAAAUACACUAGACGGGUAGUUUAGACAAUAAAAAGUUUUCUGACAUUUAAAAUCUAAAAAGAAACAUAAUUUAAAUAAAAAAAUAUCGUUUAAGACGGGGAGGCGUGUGAACAUUUCUUGAAAAAUUGUCGAAUACCGAACUUAAGCACAAAAGUUAAGAAAACUAUCGAAUAGUUAAGCAUUUGCACACGAUUUAAUUGUAAAGUAACUCAUUACCUUUAAAUAUAGUCAACGCAAAAAUUAUACAUGCUACGCAAAAAAAGUUAUUGACAAAAAUGUGGAUCAUAUGAACCUACGAAAAAUAUCUUUGUAUGGUUCAGUUAAAGAACGUUUUAUACAAUAAAUUUAUCGACAGUCACCUUUGGUUCAUUUUCUUGCAUAAUACUACUUCUUGCACAUCUAGAUAUAUAAUUAUAAUUAUAUUAUUAUAUAAUUAUAUCAUAUAAUUAUUUGUAGUUUUUAGGUUGUCACGUUCAUUAUUCUGCUUGCAUUUUCAUAAAAAAGGCAAAACAUCGAAGUCGCUUCCAUUUUGAGUUUUUGACAACAUUCGGAACACUUGAGAACAAUUGAGAACACCUUCGCCCUUCACCCUAAUAUUGACGCAUGCGCAGACGUUUUUCCACGGUGUUAUUUAUUACCAUUAGUCCUACAAAUUUUCUUAUUAAAGACCAUGUAAAGUCCGUUCUGCGCAGGCUUACAUUCCAGUGGUCGGGACCCGACCGUUGGAAUGUUAUUAAUAUUUCGUAUAUUUUGAACUUUCUUGAAUUGAAUCUCUAGUCUGUAUUCAUUUACAAGCAUAGCGAACCAGAAGAGUGUCAAAAAUUCAGUAUAAUAUAUAUCUAAUCAUAUUUUACAACUGUAGCACUGAGUUCAAAAUGUAAACAAAGCGUUUGUUUACAUUACGGACUUUACAUGGUCUUAAUUUAGUACUUUUGAUACUUAGACAAACACACGCACAAACAAACAGGCGCACACACAUACAAAGGCUGGUGUAAACAUAACCUCAUGCCGGAGGUAAUAAACAGUUUAUGCAUGACACUCUCCACUUUAUCUUGUUUAGAGCAUUGCACAUUGCGGCAAAGAACGGUAUCGAAGACGUCGUGGAGGAACUGGUAACAAGAGGAAGUGACGUAUUUACGGAAGAUGAGAACGGUUUUACUCCCGCAUUGGCUUGUGCUCCUAAUCCACAGGUCGCACAUUGUUUGUCUGUAUUAUUAAAGGCCAUGGCUUCGAAAGCCAAUAACCAGAAAGCGCCUGUCAAGAAAAAGAGGGAGGUGUCACAUUUGAAUUUUAAGCCUUCUUACAAUUCAACAAUAUAACAAACCAUCAUAGUAGCGUUGUAUUAGAAAUUUCAAAUUUUUUGUAACUUAUUACGAUUAUUAUCCUCAUGUGUGAAUUGAAUUCAACUCAUAGACCUGGAUGACUGUACCAUUCAAACUUUGCUACGCGAGUUUACAGUUACGACUGAUUUUCGAAUAAACCUUGAUUGAUAUUGUGCAACAAAAUGAACCCUAAAGUGAGACCAAUUGAUAACCCUUCCAUAUAUAUUACGUAGAAACUUAUUAGUUCGGCUGUUUUAUAUGUCAAAAUAAUGUGGUAUUUUUGGAGGAGAAUUGACAUUUGGUCAGUUUUUUCUGCAAGUUGCAACACAAUUUCGGAUGAACCAAGUAGUCACAGAGAAAUGUGAGCGUGGCCUGUAUUCUACUCUGCCGACACUUUCUUUACAUAUCAUACCUUGAGGGAUGAAAAAUGAAAGAAAUGUGAUGAAAAAAGUCGAUAGAGUGAACUGUGGACCAUGCUUACAAUUUCCCUGCGACUACGUUUUAGAUAACAUGGCUCUAUGUCAGAAACUGUAUUGUUAGUUGCGGCAAAUAUUGCUCUGCUUUUUUCCAUUCAAUUAAGUAAAGACCGACUCGCGAGCUCGCUGCGAAUGCUUGCAUCUAAUUAAAAUAAACUGUCGAGCAUUGUGGUUGGAUGAAAGAAACUCGCAGCGAGCUUGCGAGUUGGUUUUUGUGAUGAGUGGAAAAGAGUGUUGAACUGAGCAAAGAUAUAUAUAUAUAUAGUCUAUAGGCUAUCCGGUCUUUUGAGAUCAGUGAUAUUUUGCAAAACUGGAAAAUCCAACAUCACAUUCAACCAUAGCCUAUCAAGGGAAGAUGGCUGUGAAACUCAUUAGAAUAACAAUAUACCGUAAAGUCUCGAAGGUAAGCGCCCUGCUUACUUUCGAAAUUAGUGGCCUCAAGGGGCUCUUACUUUUGAGGGGGCGCUUACUUUCGAAGGGCGCCUACUUUCGAGUUGUUAUUUUCAGCAUCGGCCAUUUUUAAAUCCAUGCUAUAGAGUAUAUAUGGUAUACAUAUGGUUU